UGGCAGUGUCCCCAUGUCCCGCAGUGUCCCCACGCCUGGCAGUGUCCCGCUGUGUCCCCGCAGUGCCCGGGUCCCACACAAAGGCCCCUCUGUGCUCCCCGGGCACCACGUGCGGCUCAGCCACGCGGCCGCCGCAAAUCCCCGGGCGGGGGGAUUAUCCAGGAGGGAUUAAGGGCUCGGAUUUGGGGGGGCUGGGGCGGCUGCUAUAAAGGCGGGGGGCUGGGGCGCGGGGGGGAGGCCGUGCCAUGGCUCCCAAGACGGUGCUGAUCACCGGCUGCUCCUCCGGCAUCGGGCUGGCGCUGGCCGUGCGGCUGGCCCGGGACAAGCAGCGCCGCUUCCGAGGUGAGCGGGGUGGAGGGACCCCCCCAGCCCCCGGGGAGAACCCGCGGGGGCUGAGCCGCCUGUGCCCCCCAGUCAUCGCCACCAUGAGGAACGUGGGCAGGAGCGGGGCGCUGGCGGCGGCGGCGGGGCCGGCGCUGGGCCGGACGCUGGAGAUCAAACAGCUGGACGUGUGUGAUGAGGGCUCCAUCCGAGCCUGCCUCGACAGCAUCCCCGGGAGGCACGUCGAUAUCCUGGUCAGCAAUGCCGGGGUGGGCAUGGCGGGACCCCUGGAGUGCCAGAGCCUGGCAGCCAUGCAGAGCCUCAUGGACACCAACUUCUUCGGCCUCGUCCGCCUGGUCAAGGAGGUGCUGCCCGACAUGAAGAGACGCCGCGGCGGCCACAUCGUCGUCAUCAGCAGCAUCAUGGGCCUGCAGGGCAUCGUCUUCAAUGACAUCUACUCGGCCUCCAAGUUCGCGGUGGAGGGGUUCUGCGAGAGCCUGGUGGUGCAGGCGCUGCGCUUCAACGUGGCGAUCAGCCUGGUGGAGCCGGGGCCGGUGAUGACGGAAUUCGAGACCAAGUUGUACGAGGAAGCCGAACGCGCCGACUACUCAAGGACCGACCCCGAGACGGCCAAAAUUUUCACCGAGCUCUACCUGAGGAACUCCAGAGAUGUGUUCACCAGCCUGGGCCAGACCCCCGAGGAUAUUGCAGAGCACACCCUGCGGGUGAUCGAGGCGGCGCGGCCGCCGUUCCGGCACCAGACCAACGUGGCGUACACGCCGAUGGCCGCGCUCAAACACGCCGACCCCAGCGGCGCCCUCAUCACCGACGCCUUCUACAAGCUGGUGUUCAAGUACGACGCCGUGCUGCGGUUCGGCCUCCGCGCCAUCCGCCUGCUCCGGUGGAAGGCACAGAAGGUCAAAGCGGGUGCGCGGCUCCUGGGCUUCAAAUAAGCCCUUGUGGCCCCUGGGCACUGCCCAGCCCAUCCCGGGGCGGGGGAGAGGGGCCGGGACCCGUGCGGGGUUUCGCUUCCCGUUGCCGGCUCGGAAUAGCUCCCGCCGCCGCCGCAUUAAAAUGGGGAGGGUAUUUAUAACCAGCGCCGGGUGAGCAACGCAGAGCAGCUUCCUCCGGGAGUGCAGCGGCCGUGACGGGGCUGGGAAGGGCUGGCAGCUGUCCCCUGCCUGCCUCCUGCUCCCCUGGGGCACCUGUACCUCCGACCCGGGGGCGUGUGACACCCCGGGGACCUCACCCCCCGUCACCUCCUGGUGCUGCAUCCUCCUUCCUCCAGGCACUGCUGUGGGGUCGGGAAUGUCCCGUGGUGGAGGAUGCUGUGUCACCCCUGUCUGGCACCGAGCCCUGGGGCACUGGGGCUGCACAGGGGGUGCGGGAGGUGUGGGGAGGGCAGAGAGCAGAGUGUGAGGGGUGUGCGGUGUGCUCAGAGGGGCA